GGGUAUCUUGGUGAUACUUUUAGGUGGCCUCGGUUGGGGUGCAAUGCCACAGAGUUAUGCCGUCGGCAUAAUUUGUUUGGGUGGUGUCAUUUUGCUUAUAUCCUUUUUCGGCUGCUUUGGCACAAUACGCGAAUCGACGCGGCUACUAUGGACGUAUGCUAUUUGUCUGCUUGUACUACUUGUCCUCAUUGUUGUUUUCAUUUGCCUGAGUUCGCGUGAUGUCUUCAAACGUUACGCUAUGGAGGGUGUAGAGGCGCAAUGGCGUAAGGAGUUGAUGCAGCCGGGCUCCAUGGACACCGUACAGAUGGUGUACGCCUGUUGUGGUCUCAACUCAGCUGAAGACUACAUACGCAUUGCGCGCGCACCACCGGCAAGCUGUUGCAACGAUGGCAACUGCAUCAAUCCUUUGAAUCUCCAUCUAACUGGUUGUCUGCCGAAAGUGGAGGAAGCUUUCGUUGAUGAGGCAAUCUUAACCACCUACUAUGAAUAUGGUCUAUUGGGCUUUGAUUUUCUUAUUCUGCUUUUGACCGUCAUACUGGCAAUUCACUACCAAAAUCGUAAACGAAGAUUUAGCUAUUAAGUUUUUUUUUUGGUAAUAUUUGAGAGGCUUUAAAACUUUUUUUAGUCGCGGCGUGUAAGCUUUCAAGUGUGCAGCUUUUAUUUUAUUAAUGGCAAACGAUUUUAUUAUUAUUAAAUAUUUUUAAUUUAUUGCAAUUAAAGUUUUAUAAAAAACACAAUCAACUUUAGUAACUAAGUUUCGUCGGCUUAAGUGCAUAUGUAGCUUUCAUUGAAUGCUGUUACGCAAUGUCACGUGUACCUCCAUGUAAAUCGAAUAAUUGUUUUAUUGUAAUUAGAUAUAUAUACAUAUAUACUUAUAUAUUCAUAUACAUACUCGAUUUAUUUAAUUCUAUAAAUGAAGUUAAAACGUAGAUAUAUUUAUUGAAAACUAACUUUAAUUUGCAUUAAGUAAAAGAAAGAAGUGUAUCAUUGUAAAAAAAUGCAUGGACGUUGGAAUGACUUUGGUACUUACUUAAAACAAAAUAAAAGACAAAAGUUGUAAAAGU